AUGCCAAUACUGCGACUUGGGCUAUGCGUAGCCGGUGUUUACUCGAUGUUUCUGCUGUGGGCAGUAGCUCAGGAAAGACUGUCCGUUCCCUUCCAGACUCUAGAUGGCAGCUCUUCCGAUAAAUUCCGCUCGCCUCUCUUCAUGGGCACAUGUCAAAGUGCUCUCAGUGCCAUCUCCGCCUUGCUCUACCUCCUCAUACGGAGGAGACCAUCCCAAACCGUAAACCACAUGUUCGGCCUUGCGUACCCCGAGAAACCUGCUGCUAAGGCGACAUCGAAUGGUGAGCCCUCGAAAUCAAACGGAACAUCGAUAACACACAACGGUGUUCCCAAGACUAAUGGAGUGGCCCACCAUGAACGAAUAUUCCCCACCAAAUGGCUUCUCAUCCGUUACUUCCAAUGCGCCUUCCUCAUCACCUCUGGCUCUCCGUUUGGCUUCGCUGCCCUCUCUUACAUCACAUACCCUGCUAUGGUGCUGGGGAAGUCCUGUAAACUCGUUCCUGUCAUGCUCAUGAAUGUGCUACUAUACCGACGCCGCUUCGCCCCCUACAAGUAUCUGGUCGUCGCGAUGGUCACACUAGGUAUCACAAUGUUUAUGGGCUUUGGGAAUGAGAAGCCGUCGAGGGCCAAGGCCAACGGGGACCUGUCAGCUUAUGCUCAGCUCACCGGCAUUACAUACCUUCUCAUCAACCUUGCCAUAGACGGCGCGACUAACUCAACCCAGGAUGAGAUUUUCCACCGGUACAAGAUAACUGGCCAGCAGAUGAUGUUUUGGAUCAACCUCUUCUGUACCGCCCUCACGUCGCUCAUCUCGAUACUGCCCCUGCCGUAUAUUCCCGUCCUCCACCCAUCAUCCAGCGGGACCGAGUUGCAGGGUGCUCUUGACUUCAUUCGUCAACACCCGUCUGUGGUGACCCCAUUGACACAAUUCGCAUUGACUGGCGCGUUAGGCCAGCUGUUCAUCUUCGAGACUCUGCAGCACUUUGGUUCUUUGACACUGGUAACCAUCACAUUAACGCGGAAGUUGUUCACGAUGCUUCUCUCGGUCGUUGUCUAUAACCAUAAGUUGACAAAGGGACAAUGGCUUGGUGCAGCAGUCGUAUUCGCAGGCAUCUCUGUAGAGGCUUGGGUGAAGAGGAAAGACUUCCAUACCAAACGAGUAAUACAGGAAAAGGAGAAGGCGCGAAUCAAGACACUAUAA